AAAUUUUGUACUAAUUCUUUUUUUUGGGGGGGGUCUCUAUUGCCUUACCCCACUCUUUGAAAUCUGUAUUGGAGAGUGGGAGGAGAUUUAUAUAUUCAUGAAUAGGAGGCAUUUAAAAAAUGAUUUAAUGGAUCUUUCUAGAAAUAGAAUGUACUGGACCAUGUUUAUAUUGGACUGAGAUGCAUAAUUAUAUUUUUUCUUAAAUAUUUUUGGAAAUAAAGAACUAUAUCAGUAAUCAUUAAAUUUGACCUAAAAUCCAAAAUUUAGUUGUCAUUUUUGUAUAAUUUCUUACUGUUAUGCAUACUUCCUUUUAAUCAAUUUAAUAAUUAGCUUACAUGAUAAGUAGAUGACCCUUAUGCAUGCAUUUGUAUCUGUAGCAUACAUAUGUAUAAUAAAAUUCGAAAAUAAUGCUGAGUGACUUUGGAAAGGCAAGAGUAUGUAUACCAUGCAUUAGUGAAGUUUCAUUAUUUAUUCAGGUUCACUAAGUGAAGCAACAUGCCAGCAUAUUUAUAUUGCCUCCUUAAUCUACUAAAAUGAUUGAUCCAUGUUCUUUUAUGUAACUUUAGAAUCUUUCUUUUGCUAGGUUUUCCCUGUUGUGUGUUUCUCUUUGUCCAAAAUAGUGCAGCUCUUAUUCUUCCUAUAUAUAGCUUCUAUUACAAAUUCAGACUUAGACUAAUAGUCAAUUUAUUUUAAUCUUUUUUUCUUUUUUCCUUGAACUUUUUUUACUUUUCUUCCGAUGCUUAAAAUAGAAGUGGAGCAAAAAGUUUUUGUGUGCCCUGGGACCUUGAAAGCAAUUGUGGACUCACCAUGUAUAUAUGAAGCUGAACAAAAGGCAGGUGCUUGGUGCAAGGAUCCACUUCAGGCUGCAGAUAAAAUUUAUUUUAUGCCCUGGACUCCCUACCGCACUGAUACUUUAAUAGAAUUUGCUUCUUUAGAGGAUUUCCAAAACAGUCGCCAAACAACAACAUACAAACUACCAAACCGAGUAGAUGGCACUGGAUUUGUGGUAUAUGAUGGUGCUGUCUUCUUUAACAAAGAAAGAACAAGGAAUAUUGUGAAAUUUGACUUGAGGACUAGAAUUAAGAGUGGAGAGGCCAUAAUUAAUUAUGCCAACUAUCAUGAUACCUCACCUUAUAGAUGGGGAGGAAAGACUGAUAUCGACCUAGCAGUUGACGAGAAUGGCUUAUGGGUCAUUUAUGCCACAGAACAGAACAAUGGAAUGAUAGUUAUUAGCCAACUCAAUCCAUACACUCUUCGAUUUGAAGCAACCUGGGAGACUGUAUAUGACAAACGUGCUGCCUCCAAUGCUUUUAUGAUCUGUGGAGUUCUCUAUGUGGUCAGGUCAGUUUAUCAAGACAAUGAAAGUGAAACAGGCAAGAACGCAAUUGAUUAUAUCUACAAUACACGAUUGAACCGAGGAGAGUAUGUCGAUGUCCCCUUCCCAAAUCAGUACCAGUACAUUGCUGCAGUGGAUUAUAAUCCAAGAGAUAACCAGCUGUAUGUGUGGAACAAUAAUUUCAUUUUACGAUAUUCUCUGGAGUUUGGUCCACCUGAUCCUGCCCAAGUGCCUACUACAGCUGUGACAAUAACUUCUUCAGCUGAACUAUUCAAAACCACAGUAUCAACCCCAAGCACUACUUCACAGAAAGGCCCCAUGAGCACAACUGUAGCUGGACCACAGGAAGGAAGCAAAGGGACAAAAUCACCUCCAGCAGUUUCUACAACCAAAAUGCCUCCUGUAACAAAUAUUUUUCCCCUGCCAGAGCGAUUCUGCGAGGCAUUAGACGCGAGGGGAAUAAAGUGGCCUCAGACACAAAGGGGAAUGAUAGUUGAACGACCAUGUCCCAAGGGAACAAGAGGAACUGCCUCAUAUCUCUGCAUGGUUUCCACUGGAACAUGGAACCCUAAGGGCCCCGAUCUUAGCAACUGUACCUCACACUGGGUAAAUCAGCUGGCUCAGAAGAUCAGAAGUGGGGAAAAUGCUGCUAGUCUUGCCAAUGAACUGGCUAAACAUACCAAAGGACCUGUAUUUGCUGGGGAUGUCAGUUCUUCUGUUAGAUUGAUGGAACAACUGGUGGACAUUCUUGAUGCACAGCUGCAGGAACUGAAACCUAGUGAGAAGGAUUCUGCUGGAAGGACCUUUAACAAACUCCAAAAACGAGAGAAGACAUGCAGGGCUUACCUUAAGGCGAUUGUUGACACAGUGGACAACCUUCUGAGACGUGAAGCUUUGGAAUCCUGGAGACAUAUGAAUUCUACAGAACAAGCACAUACUGCAACGAUGUUACUGGAUACUUUGGAAGAAGGGGCUUUUGUUCUGGCUGACAAUUUAGUAGAACCAACCAGGGUCUCAAUGCCCACAGAAAAUAUUGUUUUGGAGGUUGCAGUACUUAGUACAGAAGGACAAGUCCAAGACUUUAAAUUUCCUCUGGGCAUCAAAGAAGAAGGCAGUUCAAUCCAACUCUCUGCAAAUACUGUCAAACAGAACAGCAGGAAUGGGCUUGCAAAGUUGGUAUUCAUCAUUUACCGAAGUCUGGGACAGUUCCUUAGUACAGAAAAUGCAACCAUCAAGCUGGGCGCUGAUUUCAUUGGACGUAAUAGCACCAUUGCCGUGAACUCGCACGUCAUUUCAAUUUCAAUCAAUAAGGAAUCCAGCCGAGUAUACUUGACUGAUCCUGUGCUUUUUACAUUACCACAUAUUGAUCCUGACAAUUAUUUCAAUGCAAACUGCUCCUUCUGGAACUACUCGGAGAGAACUAUGAUGGGAUAUUGGUCUACCCAGGGCUGCAAGCUGGUUGACACUAAUAAAACUCGUACAACGUGUGCAUGCAGCCACCUAACCAAUUUUGCAAUUCUUAUGGCCCACAGGGAAAUUGCAUUCAAAGAUGGAGUUCAUGAAUUGCUCCUUACAGUCAUCACCUGGGUGGGAAUUGUCAUUUCCCUUGUUUGCCUGGCUAUUUGCAUCUUCACUUUCUGCUUUUUCCGUGGUCUACAAAGCGAUCGUAAUACUAUUCAUAAGAACCUUUGUAUCAACCUUUUCAUUGCUGAAUUUAUUUUCCUAAUAGGCAUUGAUAAAACAAAAUACAUGAUUGCAUGCCCAAUAUUUGCAGGACUUCUGCACUUUUUCUUUUUGGCUGCUUUUGCUUGGAUGUGCCUGGAAGGUGUGCAGCUCUAUCUAAUGUUAGUUGAAGUUUUUGAAAGUGAAUAUUCAAGGAAGAAAUACUACUAUGUUGCUGGUUACUUGUUUCCUGCCACUGUGGUUGGAGUUUCAGCUGCUAUCGACUAUAAGAGCUAUGGAACAGAAAAAGCUUGCUGGCUUCAUGUUGAUAACUAUUUUAUUUGGAGUUUUAUUGGACCAGUUACCUUCAUUAUUCUGCUAAAUAUCAUCUUUCUUGUGAUCACUUUGUGCAAAAUGGUGAAGCACUCAAACACUUUGAAACCAGAUUCUAGCAGGUUGGAAAACAUUAAUAAUUACCGUGUUUGUGAUGGCUACUAUAAUACGGACUUACCUGGCUAUGAAGAUAAUAAGCCAUUUAUCAAGUCUUGGGUGCUUGGCGCUUUCGCUCUCCUUUGUCUUCUCGGCCUAACCUGGUCAUUUGGGUUACUUUACAUUAAUGAGGAGACUACUGUGAUGGCGUAUCUCUUCACCAUCUUUAAUGCUUUCCAGGGAAUGUUCAUUUUCAUCUUUCACUGUGCUCUCCAAAAGAAAGUACGGAAGGAAUACGGCAAAUGCUUCAGACACUCAUACUGCUGCAGCGGACUCCCCACCGAGAGCCCCCACAGUUCUGUGAAGGCAUCAACCACCAGAACCAGUGCUCGCUAUUCUUCUGGCACUCAGAGUCGUAUAAGAAGGAUGUGGAAUGACACUGUGAGAAAACAAUCUGAAUCUUCUUUUAUCUCAGGUGACAUCAAUAGCACUUCAACACUUAAUCAAGGAAUGACUGGCAAUUACCUACUAACAAACCCUCUUCUUCGACCCCACGGCACUAACAACCCCUAUAACACAUUGCUCGCUGAAACAGUUGUAUGCAAUGCCCCUUCAGCUCCUGUAUUUAACUCACCAGCAACCUACAGAGAGACAAGACAUUCACUGAACAAUGCCAGGGAUACAAGUGCCAUGGAUACUCUACCGCUAAAUGGUAAUUUCAACAACAGCUACUCACUGCGCAAGGGGGACUAUAACGACAGCGUGCAGGUCGUGGACUGUGGACUAAGUCUGGAUGAUACCGCUUUCGAGAAGAUGAUCAUCUCAGAGUUAGUGCACAACAACCUCCGCGGCAGCAGCAAGACUCACAACCUGGAGCUCACGCUGCCCGUCAAGCCCGUGAUUGGAGGCAGCAGCAGCGAAGACGAUGCCAUCGUGGCCGACGCUUCCUCUUUGAUGCACGCAGACAACCCAGGGCUGGAGCUCCAUCACAAAGAACUCGAGGCACCGCUCAUCCCUCAGCGGACUCACUCCCUUCUGUACCAACCCCAGAAGAAAGUGAAGCCCGAGGGGACGGACAGCUAUGUGUCUCAGCUCACGGCCGAGGCGGAGGACCACCUGCAGUCCCCCAACCGAGACUCUCUCUACACAAGCAUGCCCAAUCUCAGAGACUCCCCCUACCCGGAGAGCAGCCCCGACAUGGAAGAGGACCUCUCUCCCUCCAGGAGGAGCGAGAACGAGGACAUUUACUAUAAAAGCAUGCCAAAUCUCGGAGCUGGCCGGCAACUUCAGAUGUGCUACCAGAUCAGCAGGGGCAACAGUGACGGGUACAUCAUCCCCAUCAACAAAGAAGGGUGUAUCCCAGAAGGCGACGUGAGAGAAGGACAAAUGCAGCUGGUCACAAGUCUUUAAUAGUGCCGCUAAGGAAUUCCAAGGACCACGUGCAGAGGGUGAAGAAAUAAGCAAAAGACUCCACCAGCCUGAGACAGUUCCCUCACGCUCCGCCCAUCGAGAUGGCUCUGUUGACCUGUGGUUCUCCAGUGUAAAAAGAUGACUGAACCUUGCAGUUCUGUGAAUUUUUAUAAAACAUGCAAAAACUUUGUAUAUACACAGAGUAUACUAAGAUGAAUUAUUUGUUACAAAGAAAAGAAAUGCCAACCAGGUAUUUUAAGAUUCUGCUGCUGUUUAGAGAAAUUGUAAAACAGGCGAAGCAAAACUUUCCAGCCAUUAUACUGCAGCAGUUUGUGAACUAAAUUUGUAAAUAUGGCUGCACCAUUUUUGUAGGCCUGCAUUGUAUUAUAUACAAGACGUAGGCUUUAAAAUCCUGUGGGACAAAUUUACUGUACCUUACUGUUCCCGACAAGACUUGGAAAAGCAGGAGAGAUAUUCUGCGUCAAUUUGCAGUUCACUGCAAAUCUUUUACAUUAAGGCAAAGAUUGAAAACAUGUUUAACCACUAGCAAUCAAGCCACAGGCCUUAUUUCAUAUGUUUCCUCAACUGUACAAUGAACUAUUCUCAUGAAAAAUGGCUAAAGAAAUUAUAUUUUGUUCUAUUGCUAGGGUAAAAUAAAUACAUUUGUGUCCAACUGAAAUAUAAUUGUCAUUAAAAUAAUUUUAAAGAGUUUGAAGAAAAUAUUGUAAAAGCUCUUGGUUGCACACAUGUUAUGAAAUGUUUUUUCUUACACUUUGUCAUGGUAAGUUCUACCCAUUUUCACUUAUUUUUCACUGUAUACAGUGUUCUACUUUGACAAGUUAGUCCUUAUUCUUAAAUUUGAAUUUCUUAUUGCCAAACGAACGUGUUUUAUGGGAAGAAAACUCUUUCAAGCCAGUUACGCUAUGCCUUGCACAAAUGUGGUAAAAUCUAGGAAAGAUUGUGUCAUCCUCUGUUUAUUCUUCAACAGAGGGCGAAGAGGGCACUGGGCACUUCUCACAAACUUUCUAGUGAACUAAAGGUGCCUAUUCUUUUUUAAAAAAUAAAAUAAAACAUAAAUAUUACUCUUCCAUAUUCCUUCUGCCUAUAUUUAGUAAUUAAUUUAUUUUAUGAUAAAGUUCUAAUGAAAUGUAAAUUGUUUCAGCAAAAUUCUGCUUUUCCUUUCAUCUUUUUUUGUGUAAACCUGUUAAUAAUGAGCCCAUCACUAAUAUCCAGUGUAAAGUUUAACACGGUUUGACAGUAAAUAAAUGUGAAUUUUUUCAAGUAGUUUAUGUGCGCUUUUAUGUAAGACAUAAUUAGCUUUAACACACUGGUCCUUUCCCACCCUAACACCAGGUAUAUUUAAAUAUCUUCAUAAUAUAAUCCAUGGAUAUGUGAAAGAAUACAAUGAAGUUGCCUGUUCUAUAUGUUAAAAAAAAUACUACAUUUAUAUUAUAACUCCCCAUGCACAUAAUUAGAUGAAUAAGUUCCACUAGGGCAAUAGUGUCCUGAAUAUUUUUGUUCAUUUUAUUGCACUAGAGCUGAAACAAAAACAGAAAGAGUAUUGGAAAAUUCAUAGCCGUACUUGGGAAUCAUAUGAAAAGUGAUUUUUCAGCAAUACAGAAAAUAAAUUCCUAAAAUAUUUUUACACUUUACAGAUUAUACAUACCCCUAUAGACAGCUGCAGACGACAAUAUUUGUUGUCAUGGGAAGGAUUUAACUCAAGUUCAAAAAUCAUAAAAUUGAAUCUCAACAGAUUCCAUUUUCCUGUCUACAUCAUAAGUAUUUAUACCAAAUUUUUCUAAAGCUUAGUCAUUCUCUCAAUUGCUUCCACAAGUUAAAAAUCACUUUAUGUGUGCACUCUUUUCAUGCCUGUUUACAAAGUUUAGAAAGAGUAGUGAGAAAAAGUAUCAAGAUGGAUAAAGUAGACAUCGUAAGUUUAUCAACAUUUUAAUAGGGUAACAAAGAAAGAGGGUUGCUAUCACAUACAGAGAAUAUUUAGCAAGUUAGAGAUUGACUGCAAUAAAUUAUGUUAAUGUUUCAACUUUCAAUAAUCUCCUACAGUGAUACUCCUGUUUCACUAAUUGUUUUAAGGAAUUUACAAAACUUAAUUGCCUCAAAAGGGAUCCUAAAUAAUCAAACAUGAUACUUCCUUCUUUUCACAGAAACUGUAUAUUGUCACGUUUUUCACGGUAUACAAGCUAACUAGUGUCAUUCUGUUUCAGUAUCGAGUGAAUUAACAACUCACUCUUACCCCCUCCGCUGCCCAAAGAGCAACACUGAUUCUUUAAUUAGUGCUUAUAUCUUUGGAAUAUUUUUCAGAACUGGUAAGACGGGAAUAAGUAUUCAGUACCUAAAUAGUUAAUGGUCUCAGAAUAGUUUUAUUAGGAGUCUUUAUAUUAGAGAACACUAUUUGGAAGUUACCAUUUAUCUUUGCCAUCAAAAGAAGAAUCACUUUUAAAAAUAGGCCUCUUUUAAAAAUGUAUAAAUGUUGCCUUAAAUUCCAUCCAGGAUCCUCCCUACUAGGAGUAGUUUCUUAGUUCUAAAAAUACUGUCUACUCUCUUUUAAUAUUGAUGUGGUGCUCUGUUAACUCACUGGUUUCCUUGGGUCUGCCUAGAUUUUUCACCCGGGUAUACGAUUCACACAUCCUUGAUUGUUUCUCUUUGUGAUAGUGACACUGAACUUUUGUAAAGUGUAUUACUGUACCUUAUCCCAGAGGCCAGUUGCUCAAUGGCUCUAUUAUAAUAAGGAAUGAUGGUUUUUGUUUGCUUUGAAUGUGACUUGAUACAGGUUGGUCCAAAUUCACCUCUUCGAUUUUAUAUUAAAAGACUUUGAGUUUGUUCUAUUUACAAAAAAGUUACAGCUUAUACAUUUGUACAUAUUCGUAUUAAAGGCUUUCAAAAUCA